AUGGACAAAACGAAACUGAAACUGGCCGCGUUCUUUGAUAAUGACGAAGACGAACCUUCGUUCCCACAAAAGAAAGUUGACACAUCUAAGGUGUCUCAGUUCGCCACUGGAUCAGCACGAAAGUCCAGGAGAGAGAAGGAGCAGGAAGCGGCGGAGGCUAAGAAGAAGGAGGAAGCCGAGUUCGCUCAGCAAACGUUCCAAGAGUUCAUGGAGUCCUUUGGUGACGGUGCAACUAAGACUACCAAAAGUUCUGGGUUUGUGAAAGCUGGAGAGUCUGUCCCUGCAUAUGCACCGUUCCCUAGAGGGGAGACUACGUCCUCGCGAACGGCAGGUAAUUAUGAUGAACAUCCCUCGGCACAAGCAUCAGCACCAGCUCCUAAGCCAAAGGGAAAGAGAGCCAUGGACGCUUUCCUAGAGGAAAUAAAGCGAGAACAAGCUGAAAGAGAAGCCAAAUACUCUCGUUACGGUGGCCGCUCAAUUACUGCAAUGGCAGCCUACGAUGGACAGAGUGGCAGCAGAGAUAGAGGCGACCCCGAGACUUCGAAUGUUUUUGUUGCCAAUCUCCCACAGAAUGUAUCCGAACAAAGUUUAGGGCAUUUCUUUGCUAAAGUCGGGCCUGUUGGCUCAGUGAAAAUAAUGUGGCCGCGAACCGAUGGCACGGUUGGGCCAGGCGCUGAUAUGACAGCUUCUCGCCGGCACAAAAACGCGGGACUCAGUGGAUUCGUCUCUUUCAUGAAGCGCAAAGAUGCCGAAGCCGCCCUGCGCGAAUUCGACGGUCUGGAUUGGGGUGGCUCUGUUCUGCGCGUCGGAUGGAGUAAGGCCGUCCCGAUGGCCGCUAAACCUAUGUAUGAGGAAGGCACGAUGGCAGUAGAAGCCCUAGUCCGGCUAGAAGCCGCAGCGGUAGUCAUUCUCGCACUCGACAUAGCCGUCAUAGCCGCUCCUGGUCAAGAAGCAGAUCUCGAUCACGCAGUAGAUCUCCCGGUCAUCGGUCCCAUGGGCGCAGGAAAUAUUCUCAUUCUCGCAGUCGAUCCCCACGUCGUCGCGAUCGUUCACCUAUUGAUGCGGGUCAAGGGCCACGGAGCAAAAUAUGAGAGUAGUCUGAAGGAGCGAGAACUUAACAACCCCAAGUACAGCUUCCUUACCAACCGACGUAAUCGCAGGCAUGCGUUGUAUAAAGGCUUGGUCGAAAGUACCAGAACACAAGCCCCCGAGUUCGAUGACGACGGAUAUAACUCGGUGUAUUCCACUGACUCCGCAGAAGAGUCCGAACGUGAACACACUCGCAAAAUAGCACUUGGCAAGCUUGCUCGCAAGAGAUUCGAGGCUAUGCUUCGCGCCAUGUCAGGAAGACGUGGCGAAUUGGCAAGGUGUAUGGCUUUCAGCCUCGAGCAUGCCGAAGCUGCCUCUGAAGUGUCAGAGAUAAUCAUCGCCUCUUUGCUGGUGGACUCGACACCAGUCCCUAGGAAGAUGGCUCGACUGCAUCUUAUUUGUGACAUUCUACACAAUUCAGCGGCAUCUGUUCCCAGUGCAUGGAGAUUUCGACAGGAAUUCCAAUCACGCUUGGGGAUUGUAUUUGAUCAUCUGGCGAACAUUUAUCAUUCUUUCCCCGGUCGUAUAACUGCAGAAACGUUCAAAAAGCAGAUAACGUCUGUGGUGGACGUUUGGGAGGACUGGAUCGUCUUUCCGCCUGAGUUUACCUCCGAACUGAGGCAAAGAUUGGAGGGGGCUGCUAUAGAAGAGACUCCUCUCGAUGUCGAGGAAUCUACCGUCGAGACUCCGCGGGAAGAUACGGCGUUUACCUCUCGCUUCAAACCUAGUACCUUCCAGCCAGCUGCAGCUGUCGAGAUCCCAGCCCAUGAAUCGGAUGGGGAACCAAUGGAUCAGGGGAGUGAUGUGGAUGGUGAGCCGGUUGAUGUAGACGGUGAACCAAUACCAGAGGAGGAUGUGGAUGGCAUACCAUUGGACGAUGUUGACGGUGCUCCGAUAGAAGAUGAUGUUGACGGUGCUCCCAUGGAAGAUGACGACUUGGACGGCGUGCCCCUUGAAUCUGGCGGUGGGGAGGAGGUUGACGGCAUGGCUUAUUAA